CUCAUUCCUGUAUGACAGCAUAGGCAGCCACCUAACCGAGCUGUGGAUUUUAUUUCGCUGUAUUUUGUUCCCGAAUUAUCGUCUUUAUAGGUGUGUGUCAUCGGCAUUCAGUGAGCUUCAAAAACAGUACAUGGACUCAUAAGGGACACACACACGGUUCGUAGAACGACAGAACAAAACUAAGACCUUCUUUUCUCGAACGCCACCUUCCAUUGCCAUUUCCGUCCAGUGCACAUUCAUUCGAUAAACAUGGGCUGCAAGUCGUCUAAAGUGGCUGUCGUCGCCGACACCAACGACACCUGGGUUGAUUCGGUAGACGUGAACAAGAAACCGUCGAGUGGCAAACCACGAUCGGGAAAGAAAGCCAAAGGAAAUGUAUUCCUCGUCCAGGAAUGCAAGUCUGGUGAAACGCUGAGAUCGGGCUCCGACUCUUCGCUCGACGAUUUGCCGGAGGGACCCACAAGAGCCGUGGGGUCAGCAACAAGCAAGAUUUCGUCCCGUACUUGCGACAGCGGUUUAGGCGAGGACUAUUCGCAUGUUAUUACGGAAGGUUCCGACCCUCAAAAACAGAAGCUUGCCGGAGAUCGGCCGGACACUCCAGAUUUUAUGCUAUCUGGUCAACAAAUACAAGUACGACAGCGUAGUGCCAAGAAAAACCGAGACACGGCUUCUAUUCUUGAAGAGUUACAACAGCAGGGUUUACUGUCCUCUGUACCGGAACGACCGCAAUCACGGGCUGUAGCAUUUGAGGUAAUGCUGUCUGGUGACGAAGGAUUGGCACCAAUCAGAAGAGCUCCACCCCGGCUGGCACGACUCAAGAAAAGACAUAAAAAGAAAAAGCACCUUACAAAAGAACAGUUGGAAGAAAAGUUAAAAGCCGCAGAAGAAAGGCGAAAGGCUAAAGAGCAGGAAAUGAAGGAGAAAUUACAGGCACAACUUAACAAAGACAAACAAGUACAUGAUGCCUUGGCAACUUUUGAAAAGUCACAAAAGGCAGCCGAGGAAGCUAUAAUCGACAAAGUCGAUCGUGCUGCCGAAAAACGAGAAGCCCAAGCUUUAGCGUUGAAGGAAAAAAUGCAAAAGAAGAAGGAACAUGCCGAGCGAGUUCGGCAACUUAAACUGCAACGACAAGCAGAGGCAGCAGCCAGAGGAGAUAAUAAUGAACAAGCAAACGAACACUUAGAAGGUUUUCAAGUAGAUCCAACCAUUCCUGUCUAACAAACAAUUCUGAGAAUUUCGCCCUUUAUUUGAAAGAAUGUUAUACAAAUAGUAAAUAAUUGUACAUAAGCAAAACUGAAAUAAUUAGAAAAAGAAAGUACUAGUAUUUAAAAUUGUUAAAUUUGAAUGUUAUUCUGCAAAUACAGGGCGAAAACAAUUUGUAAGUUAACAAACUUCAAGAUUUUUCAGGGGUAAUGGACAUUUACAUAAUUCAUAAAGUUGCAGAGAAUUUGUUCACGCUUACAAUACGCCAUGGAAACUGCAUGUUUCAAUAUUAGUGAUUGAAACUGGAUGGUUAUUGGUGCUAACUUGUUAUAAUAUUUAGACAAGAACUGGGAAAAAUGCAUUUUUUUUCUUCGAUGAAUGCUUUGAAAGACGUCACUUUAUAAAAACAGUUGAAAUAUUAAGUAGUAUCAACACGUAGUUGAGUCUCCGUAUGUUGGCAGGCGAUCUCAUAUAGCGUAAUUUGUAACAAAAUUUCACUUGGUUUGGUUAAAACUCAUUUAUAUGUGAAAUUGUUUUGAUAUAGAGCAAUAUAUAAUAAUUAGAAUCAUAAACAUUAAGAUACUUCACAGGGUAGUAUAAGUAUUUUUGAUUGUAUUCCGUCCAUAGGUGAUUAGUUUUACUGAGAAUUUGGAGAUGUAGUCAGCAUUACCGGUAUUUUUUUUUUGAGAUUUCAAAGAAAAAAAAUUGUAAAUAAAUCAGAUAUUUUUUUUUUUGAAUUUUGUAUUCUUAUAAAUAUAGAGGUAGUUUUUAAAGAUAAGAUUCUAAAAAAACAAAGGACGUAAACUGUUUGAACUUUUCAAGAGACAAGUUUGCUUAUU